GAACUCAUCAUAGCCUGACAUCAUCACAAGGCUCCGUCUGUCACCCAAGCGCGUUCUCCAUAUGCUGGAAGAUUCGCGUUGCCUCGUAAAAAAUCCCAACAUAUUAUCACAUUAAUACUCAUACUCUACUCAUACACGUACUUAUUCACUCAGAAUUCCAGUAUGGGUAUUGAAUUGGAUCAAGCUAGUCUACAAAAGGCUUUCCAGUCUCGUCCAGAUAUACAGAACGCCAUAGCGGCAGCAUCACAAGCUGGUCCAGAAUACAUCGAGCUAUUUAAUCAAAUUUCCCUACAUGUCUGCGAGACAAUAACUCAGCAAGCAUCAGAACCGGCUUCAAAGAAACGUCGCAUAGAUGAGAGCCUCGCAAGUCGAAGCAUCCCGAAUAGCACAAAUGGCACAUCAAACAGCGUUGGGAGUGCGCCUGCUACUGGAGAAGAUCCAGUCUUGCUUGAGAUAAAAGAGAUCUCAGUGGUAAUACCGCAGCGCAAGAAAUACACCCUUUGUUUCACAUCAACACAUCUCUAUGCACGAUUGCCGUCCUCUGAGGAACCUGCGUCUGGCAUGAGCUAUGCCUGGAAGGACAUUGAAUAUAUAUUUUGUCUCCCAGUCCCAGAGAAAACGCAAAAACAAUACAAUUACAUACUCUUCCCAAAGAACUCUAUUAUAUCACCCUCCAAACCUUCAGCAACUGCACAGCCUGUACCUGAACCGUUAGUUUUUACCAUCACCGAUGGAGCGCCAAAAUCAGGAACUAUCACUGGAACGGAUAGUUCAGCAGCUUCGGCUGUUUCCGAUGACUACAAGACCCUUUUUAACUGGGCUAUUACCACCCGGUUGAAGGCCGUCGGCAAUACCCUCAAGAUCACUGAAUCAGACCCUAAGCUUUUUGCGAGUGCAAUCAAGCAAAGUCAUCGACCAAGCGAGAAAGCGGUGCAUGUCAAAGCAUUCAGAGGAUCCAAAGACGGAUACUUGUUUUUUCUGCCUACUGGAAUCCUGUGGGGAUAUAAAAAGCCGUUGUUAUUCUUACCACACAACCGCAUUGCUGCACUAUCCUUCACAAACGUAUUACAGCGUACCUUUAACCUUUCACUCGACAUUGACAUGUCAGUCUCAGGCGGCGAAGACACCACCGAGGAAAUGGAAUUUCAAAUGAUAGAUCAAGAAGAUUUCGCUGGCAUAAACGAGUAUGUACAGAGAUAUGGAUUACAGGAUAAGAGUAUGGCCGAACAGCGUAAAGCCAAGCGAUUGAAUGUGAAUGUGAUGAAGGAUGAAGAAGGAAACGUUGUAGGAAAUGCGGAAGCGGGAGAGUUAGAAAGGGCAGCCCAAGAAGCGGAACAGGCAGCGAUGGAUGAGGAGGACGAAGAUGAGGAAGAUUACGAUCCAGGGAGCGAGGGUGAAAGCGAAGGGAGUGGCACAAGCGAUAGUGAAGAGGACGAUGAUGAGAAUGGGGAGGGUGGAGGUGCUGGGGACGACGAGGAUGAUGAGGAUGGGGAGGAGGAAGAGUUGUAGGAAUGAAGUGACUCAUGUUUUACCGUCUAAAUUGUGAUUGGUACUGGGUUUCUGGUAAGAUCUGCCUUUUCAGAACUUCAGACGGACAUAUAGCAAAUCGGGGGUGCUAAAUAGCCUUUGUGUGAGUACACAAGUAGCAUGAAGGGUCAGAAUAGCAUCAGUCUAACUCAUGGAACAAGUGCGUUCUUCCAUCUUGAAUCUUGGGGGUAAUUUUUUCGAGUCUCAGUGCCAACAUAGAUCCACUAAUAGUACUAUGUCGCCUGAAAUGAUCAAGGAAGUUCACACUUUCAGAUCGACUGUAAGUAUCACUGUUCUGGAAUCUCAUUACUUAUCA